UACUGCCAGAACUAACACAGAAGCGAGAGUUCAAGUUUCAGGACUGCUCUCCCAGGAAACUGGUCUGCCAUCACCUCAGCUGUGUCGGAAUCCGUCACUUUAGACAGAGACAAAUGCAUGUUCAUUAGCUUGUCUUUUAGAUGAACCGGCUUCUGUGGAAAUCCUGAGUGCUAACACUUCCAGCAAGACUGAUGCUAGCUCUUGUCACCAUGGAGACAUUACUUCGUGCCAAGUGUUUUCAGCGCCUCGCAAUCCCUGGUUCUGUGAGAGUACUACAUAAAGAUUACAGAACAGUUUCACCUCAGAAUUUUUCCAAUUAUGAAUCUAUGAAACAGGAAUUCAGACUGGAGAUUCCAGAGUAUUUCAACUUUGCUAAAGAUGUCCUGGACGAAUGGACCAAUGUGGAAAAGGCUGGAAAGAGACCUUCCAAUCCAGCCUUCUGGUGGAUAAAUGGAAAUGGAGAAGAAGUGAGAUGGAGUUUUGAGGAACUGGGAUCUUUGUCUAGGAAAUUUGCCAAUAUACUUACAGAAGCCUGUUCCCUGCAAAGAGGAGAUAGAGUAAUUGUGAUUCUUCCCAAGAUCCCAGAAUGGUGGCUUGCAAAUGUAGCCUGUCUGCGAACAGGGACAGUUUUAAUUCCAGGAACCACUCAGCUGACCCAGAAAGACAUUCUCUACAGACUGCAGUCUUCGAAAGCCAAGUGCAUUAUUACCAACGAAGUUUUAGCCCCAGCAGUAGAUGCUGUUGCAUCUAAAUGUGAAAAUCUGCACUCCAAGCUAAUUGUGUCUCAGAAACCCAAAGACGGUUGGGGGAACCUCAAGGAGAUGAUGAAACAUGCCAGUGACAGCCACACCUGUGUGAAGACAAAACACGAUGAGAUGAUGUCCAUUUACUUUACCAGUGGAACAAGCGGAUCCCCUAAAAUGACUGGACACACUCAUAGCAGUUUUGGUUUAGGAUUAUCUGUAAAUGGAAGGUUCUGGCUGGAUUUGACUCCUUCAGAUGUGAUAUGGAAUACCUCAGACACAGGCUGGGCAAAGUCGGCAUGGAGUAGUGUCUUUUCUCCAUGGAUCCAGGGAGCAUGUGUAUUUGCACAUUAUUUGCCACGUUUCGAGCCAACUUCCAUCUUGCAAACACUUUCCAAGUUUCCCAUCACAGUCUUCUGUUCAGCACCAACUGCAUACCGAAUGCUUAUACAGAAUGAUAUGACCAGCUAUAAAUUUAAAAGCUUAAAGCACUGUGUGAGUGCUGGUGAACCAAUCAAUCCUGAAGUGACUGAACAAUGGAGAAAAAGGACAGGUCUGGAUAUCUAUGAAGGAUACGGACAGACUGAAACGGUGCUAAUCUGCGGAAAUUUUAAGGGAAUGAAAAUUAAGCCUGGCUCAAUGGGAAAGCCGUCUCCUGCUUUUGAUGUUAAGAUUUUAGAUGUAAAUGGCAAUGUUCUACCUCCUGGACAAGAAGGAGAUAUUGGCAUUCAAGUUCUACCUAACCGACCAUUUGGCCUUUUUGCUCAUUAUAUAGAUAAUCCUACAAAAACAGCUUCAACACUACGAGGCAAUUUCUACAUCACUGGGGACAGGGGCUAUGUGGAUGAAGAUGGCUAUUUCUGGUUUGUUGCAAGAGCAGAUGAUAUCAUAUUGUCCUCUGGUUACAGAAUUGGACCAUUUGAGGUGGAAAGUGCCCUGACUGAGCAUCCUGCUGUUGUAGAGGCUGCUGUUGUCAGCAGCCCAGACCCCGUCAGGGGAGAGGUAGUAAAGGCUUUUAUUGUUCUGGCCCCUGAUUACAUGUCACAUGAUCAAGAACAACUAAAAAAGGAGAUUCAGGAGCAUGUAAAAAAAACUACAGCACCUUACAAAUAUCCCAGAAAGGUGGAAUUUGUUCAAGAGCUGCCAAAGACUAUCAGCGGGAAGAUCAAAAGAAAUGAACUGAGGAAGAAAGAAUGGGAAAAAAUUUAAAUCUGUUCUAUUAUUUAUCACAGUAUCUAUAAAACAAAGAUUCUGUCAAAACCACAAGAGUAUAGGGAGGUGAUGACAAAUGUGGUAAUAUAUUUAUAAGUUGUUGAUUUAAAAUAUCUUGUGGUUGGGACACCUGGCUGGCUCAGUCAGUCGGGAUGUAACUCUUGAUAUCAGGGUUCUAA